AUGGCCAACAAGCAUUUGAAAUCAAAUAUUGAUCUCAUCGACGACUGUGACCAAUCACCACCAAAUCCCCAGCUGCUGUACAGCUUCAAGCUUGCCGGACUGCCAGGAAUAUACGGACACCUCCUCCAAGAAACAGCACAUUCCAUUACAUGGCAAGAAGAUCGCUGGAAGGUCGACCAUGACUCCCGAGAGAUCCACUGGCAGCUCUUAGGAGACCGCGAACGCGAGAGAACUCAGUGGCUCCGGGAAACACUGCUCCAGGAGAAGGAAAAGGGGACUUUCCACCUUCUCGGCCUGUGGACCGGGGAGUCUUGCCCCGUCUACGGCCCCACAGGCGAUGUCGUGCUCAGCAUCGAGCGCAUCGCCGCCCCUCUCUUCGGCGUCGUCACCUACGGCGUGCAGCUACUGGCCUACACAGGGAAGGACGAUGGGUUGUGUGUGUGGAUAGCCAGACGGGCGCAGACCAAGCGCACAUUCCCAGGAAUGCUGGACAGCACCGUCGGCGGCAGCCUGAUCCUUGGAGAGACUCCAUUCGAGUGUCUGGUCCGGGAGGCGAACGAGGAGGCUUCAUUCGACACCAGCUUGACCUCAAGCACGGCGACUGCCGUGGGCGCCAUCAGUUAUCUGUGUCUGACGGAUGAGCGCAGCAAGGGAGAGAAGGGGGUCAUAUGUCCUGAGAUCCGGUUCACGUAUGAGAUGAAGAUUCCAGCCGACCUGAUACCAGUACCUGGGGACGGUGAAGCCGAGGGGUUCGUCCUGAUGUCAAUCGACCAGCUCAAGGAGGCACUCGCCAAUGGCGAGUUCACACCGGCUAAUGAAUGA